CUCGGGGCCAAAAAGCUCGCGGAAUCCCUACCCUCUCUCUAUCUCUUCUUUCUCUCUCUACCCUCCCUCCCCCUCUCUCCUCCCUGCGUGCUUCAGCCGUCUUGGAGGCGGCUGCCUGGGGCAGCAUGGACGUGCACCGACUACCGAAUGCGGCGGCGGCCGCCGCCGCCGGCCUGGGCGACUUGUUCCCCCACGAGCCCGCCAUGGAAAACGAGGAUAGCAACACAGUGUGGCUCUCCGGCUAUUUAGAGGACUGUUUGUCUAGACCUGCAUCCUACCCUGUCUCCCCAGAACAAGCAGCUGGAAAACCGGGAUUACCACAUCCUUCAUCUUCCAAUCCCAGAAGAAAGAAAAGAAGCCUGGCCUCUGUUAUAAGAGAGAGCGAUGAAGAACACUAUGUCACGGUGUUUGUUGAGCCACCACUACUACUUGAUCAGAAGGAUUGGCUAGCAGAGAGUGAGCUCAUCCUCCCCAAGAAAGAGAAAGACCAAGAACUUGUCCAACAACAGGAACAUGAGGAAGAAUAUAAGCUCAAUAUGACUGCACCAAUGCAGUUCCAACAAGAACAGGUGGUGAGGAGGUGUAGCAUUUGUUUGUCCAACCUAGCACCACAGUGGCAGGGUUCAAUGCCAUUGUGUAGCGCAUGCAGCCUGAGGCUCAAGGCAGGGAACGGGUUCAUUUCCAUGGAGCGCUGCGGCCAAGAAAUCUAUGAGGAACAAGAUCAAGGAAGGGGCCAGGAUAAGAGGAGGAUCAAGAAGACCACACAUUUUGGAGAUGAUGAUGAGCCUCCACAGGAGAAGAGGAAGAUCAAGAAGACUGCUGCACCUGUGGAUGAGGAGUUUCAGCAGGCGAAGAGGAAGUUCAAGAAGGCCACAUAUGUGAACGAGGAGCUCCCACCGGAGGAGCCAGUGAAGAGGUGCACCCACUGCAUGUCCUACAAGACCCCGCAGUGGAGGACCGGCCCCUUGGGGCCUAAGAGCCUAUGCAAUGCGUGUGGCGUGAGGUACAAGUCUGGCAGGCUGCUGCCAGAGUACAGGCCCGCCAACAGCCCGACCUUCGUGAGCUUCAUGCACUCCAAUUCUCACAAGAAGGUGAUGCAGAUGAGGAAGACCGUUGAUGAUAUGUGAUCUGCUGGUGAUCAGGAAUAUUCUGCUGAACCUGUCGGGCUUUAGAAGCUAUUUGGCUGGUAGUCGUGUAGAUGAUGAGAGAAGCGGAUGCGAAAAUCCAGUUAGGUCUUCAGUUCAGACUCUUUGUUAGCUCUAGCUCUAGCAGUUCUUUCGCUUCAGAGAACAUUUCUCUAGUCUUGGAUUCGUUGUUACGGAUGGUUGGUUGCUACAAUAUUAUUAAUGCUGCCAUUAUAUUGCAACGUUAUGCGAUCA